AUGAUCAAAUUAUUUAACUCUUUCAAUCAAAUACAAACCAAUAAGAUUUUGAUUAUUAAAAAUCUGGUAUUGAAAAUGUAGAAAUGUAAAUUGAAUUAUAAGAAAUUCAAUUUAAAUCUAAUGGAAUUUUAUAUUAAAGUGAAUCCAAAUUAUUAAUUAUCAGCAUUUUUUAAUUAUGUUGCAAGUAGAUUCAUAAUGGUAAUGUAGUCAAAAUAACUUGCAAUAAUUUUUAUCAUAUAAAUUGCUUAAGGUUUUGACAGAGAUGUAAAUUAUGGAUAGAACUAUGUGUUAAAUUAAAUGUAAGUGUGGAAGCAAAUCAAGAACAAACAACAUAAGAACUAUUCCAGAUCUAUCUAAUAGAAUGAAGUUACUUAAUUACUUAUUUUCUUCAUAAUUAAUAUAGAUUUUUAAAUUAUGAAAAAGAAAGGAUGA